CUCACAGUGAAACGAGUCAUUUGGCAGCAGCGGCAGCUGGACGUGAACUCGUCUCUCACGAACGCUACUUCCAUUUUUCAGAAUCCGAAGCGAGAAUGCAAACAUUCGUGGUGCUACUGUCUGCUUCUGUUUCCGUACUGGUCGUCAUGAUGGGCGUCACAGCCAGACCAUCCGGUGCCCCUAGAUCUGCCUGCGGCACCAUGGUUCCGAGACAUGGCGCCGAGCACCAUUCUGGGAGCAACCGGUACAGACUGACUCAGAGCUGUCUGGACUUCAAGGAGGAUAGCCUCAUUGAAGUGAACCUAACAGCAAUGGGUAAGGCGACGUUCAAAGGUUUUCUGGUCAAAGCCAUCGUUGAUGGGGAAGAAGCGGGUGACUUCCUGUCAGGUGAAGACAGCCAACCCGUGCAUGGUUGCCCAGGAUUCGCAACGCACGUGGACCCUGACCACAAGACGCACGCAGCUCUCCUAUGGAAUCCACCAACAAGCAAGGGCGCCGUCACAUUCAUGGCAACCAUUGUGAAGGACUACACGACGUUUUACAGGAACAUCGGUAAGCCGGUGGACUGACAAGGCAAGAUGGGGAAAAAACGCCUUUCGAAGAAAAUAGACCAUCAUCAUCUAAACUGUCGCAAAAAAGCACACUGAAUAAAGAGUGAAGUGCUUAUCUAUAAAAAAA